AACCUCCCGCCGGGCCAGCCCGGGCUGCCUUACGUCGGCGAGACGCUCGACUUCAUCUCCUCCGGAUGGAAAGGUUGCCCGGAGAAGUUCGUGAAUGACCGCGUCACCAAGUUCUCCUCCGAUGUCUUUAAGACCAACACUGUCGGGAAUCCCCCCGUGGUCCUGGCCAGAGCUGCCGGGAACAAGUUCCUAUUCUCCAACGAGAACAAGCUGGUGGUGGCCUGGUGGCCGGACUCCGUCAAAAAGAUCUUCCCUUCACGCAGAACAACUCCUCGCUCCAUGAGUCCCGCCGGAUGCGGAAGCUCCUCCCCCACUUCCUCAAGUUCAACCCACAAAAGCGGGCAGUACUUCUCCGAGCCAGAGAGGUUCGACCCAAGCAGGUACGAAGGCGGCGGCCCGCCUCCCUACACGUUCGUUCCGUUCGGUGGCGGCCCUAGGAUAUGCCUUGUGAAGGAAUACGCUCAGCUGGAGAUCCUGGUGUUCAUGCACCAUUUGGUGGAGCGGUUCAGGUUCCAGAAGCUGAUUCCUGACGAGAAGAUUGUGGUGGAUCCGAUGCUCAUCCCGGCUAAAGGCCUCCUUGUGCGUCUCUUUCCUCACAAGGGGUAG